AUCUCCCUGUUUCCAGAGAAAAUUCUAUGGGCUUUAUCCACUGUAUUUUCGGAUCGAGAUGAUCCCAGUACCGGUCAUUCCAUGCAUCAUAUCUGGUAUAUAAAGGCGGGUUCCACAGAUUGUAAUACUUAGCAUCCCACUUAAGUAUUAUCUGGCCAUGUCUUCGCUGCGUCGCCCAAUUGCCACUGCACUACAAGGUGCAUCAUCUGGAAGAAUCACGCAAUCCUUACCUGCGCACCUGUCCUUAUCCAUGUCAGUUGCGGCGACUGCACAAGAAUACGAGGCACUCACUAUUCCACCAAUUUUUGACAUCUUUGACGCUCCAGUGCGCCUUGGGGAGUCUUCCGCACCUGUUGUACGAACGGUCACAGCCACUCGUGUCGCUAUCCUCGAACGCAACGGUGAAAAAUUACGCGAUGCCGCUAGCAACUUCACUCGAGUUCGCCAUUUCUCCUCACUACCUCCCCCCAUCGUGUUCGAUGGCCCUGCUCGCCCGGCACAUUUAUUGCCGCGAGCCCUUGAAAACCGUCGCAAAAUGCGGCAAUGCCUAUCUCUCUCGCCUAACAGACAGGCACACACCCCUUCAUCCCCCUUCAUAUCAACCUCAGAGCCUGUAUAUGAAAUCUUCGAUGGACCUUCGCGAAUAACCCGUUAUAAACAUCCAACGUCGUCUUCACAGUCUUCAUCACUGCCAUAUAUUUGCCUUGCUCUGGGUAUCUCUGGAGUCUUUGGCUGGACCAGCUGGACGACCAAUAGCAUCAGGAAACGGGAACAUCUUCAUAAGCGGGCGUGAAACUCUUAUCUAUGUUUAGACUCGAAACAAGUAUCGUUUCGUGCUAAGAUAUGAUAUGCGCACAUGAAACACGCGGGCCCUAGCCUCAUAGCUUGGGUUCGUGGCCCCUCAAGCUCAGCUAUGCGUUUCGGUGUUAUAUCUUCUCGUCAGGCGUU